AUGGACGGCACAAGCCUUGCGGAGGCCGUGGAGACGCUGCUGCGUGCGUGCUCGCGAGGCGGAGAUCGCGCGGACGUGUCUCGACUACUGUUGCUGCAGCAGAGUGCGGCGGGGCGAGUGAGUGACGUGGACGAGGCCGUCGAGGAGGUGGAAGGGGCGAGUGUCGUUGAUGAAGUGUUUUCUUUUGGUGGGGCUCACGGGGCCGCUCCGCCCCGCCCCGCCGCGCCGCCUCCCUGCAGCAUCGGGGCCAAAGAGCUGUGGGAGGCCUUUCCCUCGUGGUGCCGCGACACCGCGCUGCAGCGGCGGCGGGGCGGCGAAGAUUCCCUCCACAGACGUUCCUUUGUGUGUGGCGCCUGGAAUGUUGGGACCGUCGCUGGUGAGUUGCGUUCUCAGAGCGCCUGCGUACUGACAGCUGUUUACCGAAGUCCAUGGUCGCGUCGCUACCAACUUCCUUUUGGGACUGUGGAGGAUGCUGGUGACGCCAGUAGCGACAACAACACCCGCAGAACAAGAGGCGUCCAUUCACUGGAAGAGGAGGCUGGCGCCGUUGAAGAGGCGCACAAUGAGGGGAGACUGAGAGGAGCAGUGGACUAUGGGAACCAGGGCACCAUUAUCACGGAGUUUGAGCAACGGCUAAAUGAGAGACUCGCGAAGUACGGCGCUCAGUACUUUGGCGCACCUGGCGAUACAACCUGUGACGACACGGAAUCGCCCCUUUCCUGUCCUUGGGCCACGAGUGCGUUUGUGAGGAUUCUCUCCUCCUCCGCGGAGGAGGUGACGUUGGAGGUGAUGGUGCUGACGUGUGUUGACGUCGCAGAAGAGCAACCAAUGCGGGCAGCGGCGUCCCUUUUUGACGGCAGUGAGGUCGUGAGCAAGGAUGGUUGGCUGUCUUGGCCCGCAAUGAGUGCCAGCGGCCACUCAAAAAGGAGAAGGUGGUCUGCCGGACACGCCUUUCAGCUGCGAGUGGGCCCUACAGAACUGCGGCUUCGCCAUGACAGUGCGCAUCUCAUUGCCAACUGCAAAUAUACGUGCGACCGUGGCGUGGGGGACGCUGCUACUGCCUACAAUCGCAUGUGGCUUUUCCACAAGACUCACGGACGUCCAGAGACAUUGCCGGUUCCCCGAAAACGAUGCAGGAAUCAUGAUUUGGGUGCCGCCUUGGCAAGGGGAAGCGCGACGGGCCAUUUCCUCUUGGAAACCCUUGACCUGGAUGCUGUAGUGUGUCGCGUGUGCACUGGCGUGGAGAUGAGUGACAAUGCCGUGGUUCCGCUAGCUGUGACGCCCGUUGUGCGCGUUACUUUGCCGCUGCUGGCGCCCUCGCCCGGACGGGUCUGGGGUCCGGCGCUGCAAGAGAGGUCCGCUGUGGUUGCCGCGGCGGGAAUCGGCGUGGCGGCGAUGGUGUGCAGCGAAGGUGCGAGGAGCUGA